AUGUCCCGUCCUCAAGUUUCCGUUAUUUCCGCCGCCGGCGAGAAGACCUCCGCUCAGUUGCCUUUGCCAGCUGUGUUCGCCGCCCCAGUUAGAGCCGACAUUGUUCACUCUGUUUUCACCAGAAUCAACAAGAACAAGAGACAGGCUUACGCUGUUUCUGAGAAGGCCGGCCACCAAACCUCUGCUGAGUCCUGGGGUACCGGUCGUGCCGUCGCCAGAAUCCCAAGAGUUGGCGGUGGUGGUACUCACCGUGCCGGUCAGGCCGCUUUCGGUAACAUGUGUAGAGGUGGUCGUAUGUUCGCCCCUACCAAGACCUGGAGAAGAUGGCACGUGAAGGUUAACCAGAACGAAAAGCGUUACGCUACCGCUUCUGCAAUUGCUGCCUCCGCCGUCACCUCUUUGGUUUUGGCCAGAGGUCACAGAGUCGAGCAAGUCGCUGAGUUGCCUUUGGUUGUCUCCAACGACUUCGAGUCUAUCUCCAAGACCAAGGACGCCAUUGCUGCUUUGAAGGCUGUCGGUGCCAACAAGGACAUCAUCAGAGUCAUCAAGUCCAAGAAGAUCAGAGCCGGUAAGGGUAAGUUGAGAAACAGAAGAUUCGUUCAAAGAAAGGGUCCUUUGGUUGUCUACGCCAACGACAACGGUCUCACCACUGCUCUCAGAAAUAUCCCAGGUGUUGACGUUGCCCACGUCUCCCGUUUGGGCUUGUUGCAGUUGGCCCCAGGUGCUCACUUGGGUAGAUUUGUCAUCUGGACCCAGGCUGCUUUCGAGUCCUUGGACUCUGUCUACGGUUCUGAUGCUACCCAGUCUGUCAAGGUUGGUUACACCUUGCCAAGCAACGUUGUCUCUAACACUGACUACAAGUCUUUGAUCAACUCUUCUGAGAUCCAGGCCGUCGUCAGACCAGCCAAGGAGGCUAACACCAAGAGAGCCCACACCUUGAAGAAGAACCCAUUGAAGAACAAGCAGGUCAUGUUGAGAUUGAACCCUUACGCCAAGGUCUUCUCUGAGAAGAAGUUGGGUUCCCAAAAGGUUGAGAAGAAGACGGCCAAGAACACUCAGUUCGCCGCUCUCUUGAAGCAAUAA